CCGUAACUGCGUUUUAAUCGAAACAUUUUCUCGGCGUUUCCCUUUCCAUUUUCUCUCUACCCAAACAACCAUGGACGCUUUCUCAUCCUUCUUCGGCUCUCGACCCACUAACCGCUGGAGCUAUGAUUCUCUCAAGAACUUCCGUCAGAUUUCUCCUGUCGUUCAGACUCAUCUUAAGCGUGUCUAUCUCACCUUGUGCUGUGCUUUGGUUGCAUCCGCUUUUGGAGCUUAUCUUCACGUUCUUUGGAAUAUCGGUGGUCUCCUCACUACAUUUGGUUUCGUUGGAAGCAUGAUUUGGUUGCUCUCCUCUCCUCCAUAUGAAGAAAAAAAGAGGAUUUCUCUUCUCUUGUUGUCAGCAGUUCUUGAAGGUGCUUCCAUUGGUCCAGUGAUCAAGUUGGGCAUUGACAUUGAUCCAAGAAUUCUGAUCACUGCAUUCGUGGGAACUGCUGUGGCUUUUGUGUGUUUCUCGGCUGCAGCUAUGUUGGCAAGACGCAGAGAGUAUCUUUACCUUGGAGGGUUGCUUUCAUCAGGUGUCUCCAUGCUUUUGUGGCUCCAGUUUGCGUCUUCCAUCUUUGGCGGCUCAGCGGCAGUAUUUAAGUUUGAGCUGUACUUUGGGCUGCUGGUGUUUGUGGGAUACAUGGUGGUGGACACCCAGGAGAUAAUUGAGAAGGCUCACCUUGGAGACAUGGACUAUGUGAAACAUGCUCUUACUCUCUUCACUGACUUCGUUGCAGUCUUUGUCCGAAUUCUCAUCAUCAUGUUGAAGAACGCGGCGGAGAAAGAAGAGAAGAAGAAGAAGAGAAGAGAUUGAAGUCAAACAGCGCCGAUGGUAAGGCAUGUGUGCGUGUAAAAACAUCUGAAGCUUGAGCGUUGAGAGUGUGAAUGGAUAUAUAUAUAUAUAUAUGUACACACACACACGCACACACAAACAAUUGUCUCCUGGUUUACUCCACGCUUUGUGAAUUUGAUGGGUUUUUGGUGUUUAGAGACAUGCGUGCGUUAAGGACAAUUUGGAGUGUUUUGUAAAUGGGCUCUGACUGAUUACAAAGCCUUUUAGCCUCAAUCCAUUAUAUGAUA